AAAAAAGAUACACAAAUGAGACAGUUGAAGCAUCAUGAACAAAAGCUCUUAAAAAAGGUCGACUUUUUACAAUGGAAGAAGGAGGAUUCCAUGCGUGAAAUGAAGGUGAUUCGUCGCUACUUUCUUCAACAACGAGAAGAUUACCACAAAUACAACAAAUUAGUGGGUAGUAUUAGAAGUUUGGCCAACAAGAUCUCACUUUUAGAUUCUCGCGAUCCUUUCCGUAGUGCACAAGAAAAGGCUUUGUUAGAGAAAUUAUACAAUAUGGGUAUCUUGACCUCCACCACUAAAUUCUCAGACACUCGUAAAGUCACCGUGUCUGCCUUCUGUCGUAGACGUUUGCCCAUUGUCAUGUGUCGUUUAAAGAUGGCAGAGACUGUCAAGGAAGCAGUUACAUUUGUUGAGCAGGGUCAUAUUCGUGUCGGUCCUCAAACCAUCAACGAUCCUGCCUUCUUGGUGAAUCGCUCCAUGGAAGAUUAUGUCACUUGGGUUGAUACUUCAAAGAUCAAGAGAAAGAUUAUGAAAUACAACGACAAGUUGGACGAUUACGAUCUCUUGUAAAUUUCUUAUUCUCAUUUUUAUAUAUAAUCCCACGCAUCCCCCUUCAAAAAACAGAACGUUGAUCUCUCCAUUCAGCUACAGUGCUUUAGAAAUAAAUUGGCCCUUUUUUUUAAUCUU